UUUCUCAGGAAGUGAGUGAGGAGGGCCAAGAUGGUGAGUGAGGAGUUGCUGCUUCGUCUCAACGACAGGGAGUAUAAGAACUGGCUGAAGGCAGGACGGUGUCUGCUCAUACUGAAGAGUGGCCUCCAUCUCUUCACCAGCCAGCAGAUGAGAGGUUUCCACAAGGCUCUGCUCGCCCACAGCCCGCAGCUCAGGAGGACGUGUGAGACCAAUGCCUGCAGAGGCAACCAGCUCUCCUCAGCAUGUAGGCCGUGUAGCGAGUGGAAGAAGGAGAUCCUGGGACACCAGAGACAGCCGAAAAGGGCCGUGUGCUGGGAGAACUGUUUCCCUCCCUCUUGGAGAACAGACUUCUGGGAAGUGGCCAAGGCCUACAUGCCACGAGGUCAGGGGAAAGUGAAGGGGGCGGAUCAAUGCGAGGCCUCUGCUCUGCGAGGCCUCAUCUGCUCCUGUGACUGUUUCCAGUCUGUGGAUUCAACAUUUGUGAGAGAGAUGCUGACUGUCGAUUUGUCCGUAUCUGUCUCUGGUCUGGACCAACUAGACUCUGUUGACUCGGACGGUCUAGUGUGUGAUUCUAUACACCAAUCGGAAGCCACGAUCGACUUAAUCAGCCAAUGGGAGGCUGAGUUGCUCCAGGAGAAGCUGCAGGAGUUACUGCAUACUGACGAUGAAGAUGCACAGGAUACUGAGCAGCUGAAAGGGCUUGGUGGUUUCCUGCAGGCCAACAGAGAUUUGGGGGAAAGGUUUUCUGCAGAGCUUCAGCCCAUCCACUCACUACAGGCCAGACAAUAAGAAGGACCAGAAAAGAUGAACGAGAAGCAACUGGAACCCUUUAUAAUUUCAUUUGAAUUUAAGUUGAAGAUUUGUCACCGUAUAUGAACAUGUAUAUAAAAUUUUAUAAAAAAUG